GUACUUUCGGACGGUGAACACGAGCUUCAGGGGGACUACGUCUUUACUGGUAACACAAUAAGAGAGUAUACAUGCUUCAAAAACGGCGCGUCAAUGAUUACCGAAAAGCUCAUCGACUUUGGUAUCAUGGCGGAAAGCGAACCGCGACGUGAAGCUCCGGCAAAGGCUGACUACAUAUCGGAGCACACAAGUGCAUUGGAGGAGAGCAUAUUCCGUCUGAACGAGAUGUUGAUGAAUGUCAAGAGGACUCAGAAAUGGUGCGUUCGGAUCUAUUCUCCCUUGGCACAUAUUUUAAUACAUCUUUCGUACAUUUUCCAUACCCGCAAUAACCGAGGCUUCUCGAUCGUUUGGUCCACCCAAAAGUACGCUUUCAUUUGGCAU